UCAGCUGAUAUUCCCCAUCCUGGUCGCUAAGCGCGGGCCAGACUGCAACAGAGCGGAGCCACUAAUCUGGUGACCUCCGGCGAGCUCGCAUCCUUGAGCCUCGGUCGUCGAUCUGCUCUGCAAUCCCUCCUGGCUCCUCCGCCCCACGCUGCAACGGAGCGACCAUCCCGGUCAACUCCGGCGAGCUCACCCCGCCUCCUUCAGGUUUCAGCACAAGUCCUGCUCCACGAUUCCUUCUCAUCCCCACCCCCACCCCACCCUCCAAUGGAGCCACUGAGCUAACUCGGGUGAGCUCACCUCGCUUUCUUAAGGAUCCAGCCUCAAUCGUCGAUCUGCGCCGCCGCCACUUCUACCCCCGCGGCUCUCCACCCGCAAGCACGGCGAUCUGACCCACCCUACCCCCACCCACACAGACGCAUCGAAGUAAGUGCGGCGGCGCACCUGGAGCGAAGAGAUGGCGGUGACCAUGACGAGCGUUUCCACCGGCGUGAUGUACUCCCUCCUCGGGAAGCUCGCAACGCUGAUGGGGAAUGAGCAUCGCAAGAUCAAAGGCGUCCGGAACAAGGUAGCGUCCCUUCUGGACGAGUUCAGUAGCAUGAGUGCUCUGCUUGUGAAGCUCGCAGGCAUGGAUGAGCUUGACGUUCAGGCGAGGGAGUGGAGGGACCAGGUCCGGGAGAUGUCAUACGACAUCGAAGACUGCGUCGACGAUUUCAUGCGUGACCUUGGACAAAAAGGCGCAACCACUGGAUUUCUGAAGAAGACUGCCGAACGCCUGAAGAAGCUCAGGGUGCGCCAUCAAAUGGCCACCAUGAUCCGUAGGAUCGAGACUCGUGUAAGUGAAGUGCAUGACCGGCGCACGAGGUACAAAAUUGAUGAGUACACUCCAUAAUCCGGCAUUGUCGCUGUCGAUCCAAGAGUGAUUGCCAUCUAUGCAGAGGCGGCCGGUCUUGUGGGCAUCGAUGCUCCAAGAGACGAGCUCGUGGAAGAUGUUGAUGGUUGAAGGGAAAGAGCUGAGGGUGGCUUCUAUUGUGGGAUUCGCUGGUCUUGGAAAAACCACACUUGCAAAUGAAGUGUACCGUAAGCUUCAAGGACAAUUUGAUUGCCAUGCAUUUGUGUCGGUGUCUCACAAACCAGAUAUGCCGAACCUUCUCAGCAAUUUGUUA